CCCAACAAUGAGGAGCACCAGAUCGAACCUGCUGCUGGGCUGCGUGCUCCUCUGCUCCGUCUCCCUUCUCUACCUGGGGAUGAGCGGGGUAGACUGCCCUCCGAAAAGCCAUCGGCGCCGCUGGAUGGAGCUCACUCUGGGCUCAGGCAAUCAGAGCUUAUCCCUGACUGAUCACUUCCCAGAAGACACACCCAUUAUCUUCAUUGGGGGCUUCCCCAGGAGCGGCACGACACUGAUGCGCGUCAUGCUGGACGCCCACAAUGCCGUGCGGUGUGGAGAAGAGACCCGAGUGAUCCCCCGCCUCUUGACCAUGAGGGCCACUUGGAGCCGCUCAGUGAAGGAGAGAAUACGACUGGAUGAGGCCGGCGUCACUGACCACGUGUUGGACUCAGCUGUGCGAGCGUUCCUGUUGGAGGUGAUAGUUGGUCACGGGGAGCCUGCGCCUCGCCUUUGCAACAAGGACCCGUUUGCACUGAAGUCUCUGUCUUAUUUGGCUCACAUCUUCCCGAAAGCAAAGUUUGUGCUCAUGCUACGAGAUGGACGGGCAACUGUGCACUCAAUGAUAUCACGCAAGGUGACCAUCUCCGGUUUUGACCUGACCAGCUACAGGGACUGCCUAACAAAGUGGAGCAGUGCGGUGGAGACCAUGUUCAGCCAGUGCCAGGCGGUCGGAUACGCUAGAUGUCAGCCCAUCCGUUAUGAGCAGCUUGUCCUCCACCCAGAGGAGGAAAUGAGAAAGUUGCUGCACUUUCUGGAUUUGCAGUGGGACCCAUCGGUACUGCACCACGAAGAGCUGAUUGGAAAGGCUGGUGGUGUGUCUCUAUCAAAGGUGGAGCGUUCGACAGACCAGGUGAUGAAGCCAGUGAAUACGGAGGCACUGUCCAAGUGGGUGGGGCAAAUUCCCCCUGACGUGGUCAACGACAUGGCUGAAAUCGCUCCCAUGCUGGCUCGCCUGGGCUACGACCCCCAUGCCAACCCUCCCGACUACACAAAAACGGAGCCCCUGGCACCUGAGUUCAACUACUCACACAAAGAAAAAUCAGCAGAUGUUCCUCACCCCAGCUAAGCAUGGCUGUGAUGUUCAGCGAUAUGGAUGCGCCGCAACGACAGAUUUCAAGUUCUGGAGGAGCUACACCUGGCGGGAAAGAUUUAAGUGUUCCAUGUGUGUUUCUGAGUCGUUCGUAAGACUCGUGUGCGGUGUCCGUGUCUGUACACUGGCGGAGUGUUUAAGAUGCAGGUCUGGAGUGGACUACCUGCUCAGGGAAGUUCUGCUUCUUCGCCACUCAUCGUUCCACCCCUCCAGGUCGAAUCUGUGUUUCAGCUCGACCAUCAUGUCAGCUGUUAUGACCUCACCAUCACAAUGUGAAUCUGUCUUCAGACCAAUCCCUCACUCGCUGGGAGCUCGGUGUUCGUGAAGCAUAAUGACUGUAUAUUUUUUGAAGACGUAUGUUUAUUUUCUUAAUAAAUUAUUUUGCUGUUGCCCAUUCAGGAAUUUCAGAACUGGAACAAUUUCUAAUUGUGGUAAAUUGUUGAGCAUUAUUAAAAAGAAAAUAAAUGUCA